UCUUCCUUCCUUUCCCAUCUCCACAAAACUUCCAAACUUCAUUCUUCUCCCACCUCUAUAUAUACUCACUUCCUCUCCAUUCCCUUCUCAUCGAGAUUACAGCAAUUUUCAGAUCAUAGAAAAAGUGAAAAGAGGCAAAUAUCUCAUCGAAAAUAUCCCAAAUCAAGAAGAGAAAAAUGGACGUGAGGCUAAUGGGAUGGGAUACCCCACUCUUCCAAACCAUCCAGCACAUGAUGGACACCGCGGAUGAUGCAGAGAAGACCGUCAACGCUCCGUCGAGGACCUACGUUCGAGAUGCCAAGGCUAUGGCUUCCACUCCGGCUGACGUCAAGGAAUAUCCCAAUUCCUACGCGUUCAUUGUGGAUAUGCCGGGGUUGAAGUCGGGGGACAUCAAGGUUCAGGUGGAGGAAGACAAUGUGCUGAUUAUCAGCGGAGAGAGGAAGAGGGAAGAGGAGAAAGAAGGGGCCAAGUACGUGAGGAUGGAGAGGAGGGUCGGCAAGUUCAUGAGGAAGUUUGUGCUGCCGGAGAAUGCCAAUACCGAUGCAAUUUCUGCGGUGUGUCAAGAUGGUGUGCUGACUGUUACCAUUCAGAAAUUGCCCCCUCCUGAACCCAAGAAGGCCAAGACAAUUCAGGUCCAGAUUGCUUGAAAAAAUUUGUGUGCAUUUUGGUUGGUUGUAUUGCUUUUCUUUAGUACUAGUAUAUAUGCUCUGUUUUGGGUCUUGACGGAAAAUAAAUGCGGGUAGGAGGCGUUUUAAGGAUUUAUGCUGAUGCUCUAAUGAUUUUCUGGGAAUUUUCCUGAGUUUGGCUUUGUGCAGAAGGCGAUGGCCUUCUUUUCUGUGUAGUACUAUGAUAUAUGGAAGUGUGAUUUUGCUUAUCUACUACUUUACUAUGAAAGUAUGAAUGAGAAGAGUUUUUGAGUUUCCAAAUAUUUUGGGGGCCGCAUUGAA